CGGCACUCGCGACCAGCCCGUACUCAUUCACUCCAGUUCCCUGCCGACGGCCGCGGCGGACGCACGCGACCAUUCUCCGCGCCGCUUCCGAUGUUACAUUACGAUUACGACAUCGUUUCGCACAUACAACUUUUACCGUGACAGUGAAACUUAUUUCUGUGAAUAUGGGUUAAACUUCCUGCUCAUACGUGAUGAGUCCGGGCGAGCGCGCCGCCUUAGGGCGCCGCGAACCCGCUCGCCCACAAUAUGCAACUACCGCACCCGGAUUCCCGCCGCCCUACUAUCCGCCCUAUGGUGUGCCGCAUCCAAACGCGUGGCUGGGCGCUCCUCUCAUUUCUAUGGCAGGACGUGCUCCGCCCGCCCGACAAACACCGGUUUCCAAGUUGGCUAUGCACGCCCAAGGCGCUCCGCUGAUUAUACAAAACCGCCAGGAUCGUCGAAAAUUCACGAGCGUGCCUGAACAACGGACCCAUCGACCCCUUGCACACACUGAUCACGUCGCCAGGGAAAGGUGCGAGGGGAGCGAAGGAAAUAGACUUCGUAACCAACAGCAGCAACCUCGCUCCACACGAAGCGGACGAAACAACAACACGGAUGCGGUCAGUGUCGCGAGCGACGAAAGUUCCGGUUCCACUAACUCCGAAACAAUGUUGCCAAGGAUAAUAAAACCAAGGAAACGCCGUAAAAAAGACCGGAAACCCAACAACAUUUUGCCACAUGAUUUGUCCCCUACCGCCUUGGAACUUGGUGAAAUCGAUCAUUGCACAGUUUCUGGCAUUUCAUCUACUCCGCGAAAUAUUUAUGAUGAAUCUUACUGUCGUGAUUUAUCGAUGUCGUACAGAGCGGGUGUAAAAGUUUUGGAAUACCCGGAACCGGUGCCGGAGACUUAUCGUGUGUCAGUGCUCGGCGAAGCGUUAGAAGCUAGCCGCUUUGGUCUGGCGGAGGCGGCUUCGCCUGCGGAGUCCGCCGUUACGUCGUGUCAAUGUCGGUACUGCGAUCCCGUGGGACAAAUAUGGGACGCGGAUUCAAUAGCAGAUCUGCUGAACGAAAACUCCAGUGGCGAUUUUGCUCCUACGAAACUGGAAGAUUCCAUGAAGGUGGUAGGCUCUCUUGGUAGGCGAGGCCCUGACACAACUCUAAGACGUAGCUGGAGCGACCCGUCUUCACGAAUUCCCGAACAGCGGGCAGUAUAUAACAGUGACACAUCUUCAGCUCCAAAUCUCUACUCGCUUUUUCCCCCUACAAAUAGGGCUAGCUCUCCUGAGCCACGCUCCCCACUAGCUUUGGAAAUUACUUCAGAGAUUGUGACUUCUAUGAACGGUCAGCGCGAUCUAGAGAUCAAACUGUUUUCGACCUCGCCACCGGCCAAAAACCUUGAUCAGCGUUCGUUCUUCGCUGAUAAAAGUGAAAGUGCCGUUAACAAAUGUACGAUAUCGGACCACGGUCCAAAAGUAAACAGUGCGGUGAUAUGUGAAAAGGAGGAAUCUAGUGUGGACGUUAGUGGAAAGAGUGAAGGUGCAACCGAAUCGGCGUGUUCUCCCAUUGGACCUUCACUGGAUGUGCGCAAUAUUUGUGAUUUGCCUUAGUUACUGUCUAAGGCUUGUGAUCGUGCUUGAUAUGUUUGUGUAGAUUAUGUGUCGUCAAUCGGUCCAGAGAACUCUACGCUCGCCAUUUGAGCUGGACUCAAGUCGCCAUGCAGCGAGGCAUGCACGGAGCGUCAUAUCGCAACCCAUAAUGAGAUCUCCGAAUCGGUUUCCUGUAGAUUUUAUAAUAAUUUAUUUUUAACAAUAGCAUAGGAAACUGACGAGGGGCUUUAUCUGGAGACAUUUUUGUUGUUUAAUGAUUUGCCGCUUGUCAAUGCCGCGGACGGAUGCGCAGGAGUAACUAGCAGCGCGCAAUUAGCGUUUCACACUACUGACACGAUUCUCGCGGCUGCGGCGCGGCGGCGCGCUCUUAUUGCGGUUUCCCGCCGUUUUCUCCGCGCGCGUCGUUCCGGGUGGCGCCUCGCACUCAUACCACCGGUUCACGCCUUUAAUGAUUAUUGCACUUAUAUUUCAU